CUGCCCCGAGAGGGAGCGCAGGCGCUGGCGCGCGCCGGGGACACAAGAGCGCCGGGCCCCAGCUCCGUCCGCCUGCAGGCCGCGCGCUCUGGGCCGCGCAGAUAAGGCGCCCGCCCGCCUGUCCGCAGAGACCCGCCCCUGCGCGGCCCUUGCGGCCCCACCCAGCAGGUCGGCGCCCACCACCGCCCCGGCCCCAUGGAGCAGCUGCUGCGCGCCGAGCUGCGGACCGCCACCCUGCGCGCCUUCGGGAGCCCCGGGACCGGCUACAUCAGCGAGGGCCGCGCCUACGACACGGACGCGGGACCGGUGUUCGUUAAGGUCAACCGCAGAUCGCAGGCCCGGCAGAUGUUUGCGGGGGAGAUGGCGAGCCUGGAGGCCCUUCAGAGCAGCGGCCAGGUGCGCGUGCCCCGGCCCCUCAAGGUGUUUGACCUGCCGGGAGGCGGCGCCGCCUUCGCGAUGGAGUACCUGAAGAUGAGGAGCUUGAGCAGUCAUGCCUCAAAACUUGGGGAACAGAUGGCGGAUUUGCACCUUUAUAAUCAGAAGCUCAGCGAGAAGUCAAAGAAGGAGCAAAACACAGUGGGCUGGAGGGCCGGGGGUGCUGAGCCCCAGCACGUGAGCAAGUUCGGCUUCCACAUGGUGACUUGCUGUGGCUUCAUCCCGCAGGUGAAUGAAUGGCAGGAUGACUGGCUGACCUUCUUCACCCGACACCGGCUCCAAGCACAGCUGGACCUCAUUGAGAGGGACUGUGCUGACAGAGAGGCUCGAGAACUCUGGUCACAGCUACAGGUGAAGAUCCCAGAUCUGUUCUGUGGCCUGGAGAUCGUCCCCGCCCUGCUGCACGGAGACCUCUGGUCAGGAAACGUGGCUGAGGAUGACGCAGGCCCCAUUAUUUAUGACCCAGCGUCCUUCUACGGCCACUCUGAGUUUGAACUGGCAAUUGCCUCCAUGUUUGGAGGAUUUCCCAGAUCGUUCUUCAGCGCCUACCACAGGAAGAUCCCCAAGGCCCCAGGGUUCGACAGGCGGCAGCUGCUCUACCAGCUCUUUAACUACGUGAACCACUGGAACCACUUUGGGCAGGAGUACCGGGGCCCCACUCUGCGCACCAUGAGGCAGCUGGUGAGGUAGCCUCCAAGCAGGAACCCCUGUGGGUGCCCCAGCCCCUUGCUUGACAAAUGGUAGGGGCAUCAGCGGCAGAGGCAGCUUCAGCAACUAAUAAAGCCCCUGGAAGCCCAAGGCUCCCGGGACCACACCUGCUGGGUCUUA